AUGGAAUCAUUACUUGAAGAACAGCGGCAUCAUUUAGAAGAAAGGGAACGUUUGGAAAAAGCUUAUUGUGAUGAAGGAUUAGCUGAUCAUAAAACACAUAAAGCUAAAUUAAACUCAGAACAUAAAUGUAGGGAAUAUAUUGAAAGAUAUAUAAAUUUAUCCAAACAAAUUCAUGAUAUUUUGGAUGAUCCUGAAGGAAAGUUAGAUUUUGAAAAGAAUAGAAUGAUAAGUGCACAUCCAUUUGUGGAAUUUUAUAAAGAUUACAAAGAUUUAAAAGAUUAUUACAAAGUUAAUACAGAUGAAGUUGGACCCUCAUUAACAGUGGAAUUUCAGAAGGUGUAUGAAGAAAUUGGAAAUGAAGCUGACAUGAUAGAUUUUACAGAUGAGGAAGGAUAUGGAAAAUUUUUAGAUUUAACAAAUUUACUACUAUCCUAUUUAAAUUUAAAAGAUGUUAAGAAAAUUGAAUAUCUUGAGUAUGUUUCAAGUUUUGAUAAUUUUGAAAAAAUUUCUGAGACAACCAAGAAAAGUGGUACUUACAGAAAUUAUUUAGUUGAGUUACAUGAUUAUUUAUAUAGUUUUAUCAAAAGAAGUAAACCUUUGGUAAAUAUUGAUGCCAGAUUAAAAGAAUCAGAUAAAAAAUGUAUAAAUGAAAUAAAGAAAAAUUCUUCAUCUAUAUUUGAAAAAUCAGGAUUAUUAAAUUUAGAUGAAUUUAAUACUUCAGAGGAGCUUGAAGCUUUAGGAUUAAAUAGAUUAAAGGAGGCACUUUUAGCUUUGAAUCUCAAAUGUGGAGGAACAUUAAAAGAGAGAGCCGAAAGAUUAUGGGCUACUAAAGGAAAAACAAGGGAUGAAAUUAUAUCUAAUAAAAAAUUGAUAAAACAAAAUGACACAAAUAAUGAAAAAAAAGAAGUUUUUGUUAAACAAACAGAGAAAAAGAUUAAGUUAAUGAGCUCUAUUUUAAAAGAGGCUAUUGAAGCAACAAAAGAAAAUAUACAAAGGAAACAAGCAAGAGGAUUUGUUGAAGAGGAAGAAGAUACAAUUGAUGAUGCUGCAGUUGAAGAAGCUUUAGAGGAGGCAGAGAAUGAUGAUGGUGUUCCAUAUAAUCCAAAAAAUCUUCCAUUAGGAUGGGAUGGAAAACCUAUUCCAUAUUGGUUAUAUAAACUUCAUGGAUUAAAUAUUCCAUAUAGUUGUGAAAUUUGUGGAAAUCAAGUUUAUAAAGGACCUAAAAAUUUUCAAAAACAUUUUACUGAAUGGAGACAUUCACAUGGGCUUCGUUGUUUAGGAAUACAAAACUCUGCACAUUUUGUAAAUAUAACUAAGGCAGAAGAUGCAAAGUUACUAUGGGAGAAAUUACAAAUUCAACAAGAUUCCUCAAAAUGGAAUGCUGAAAUUGAAGAGGAGUACGAAGAUAAUUUGGGUAAUGUUAUAACUAAAAAAACAUAUGAAGAUUUGAAACGUCAACGUUUAUUGUAA